AAAAAGCAAAAAAAAAAAAAAAGGAAGCGUAAAACACGAACCGCCGAGGUGUGCUUAUACUAAUGAAUGUGUGCAUGUGCGAGGUGCGCUGAAAAUAAAGUAAAGUAAAGCAAAGCAAAGUGGCCGCGGUGUGGUCGGGCCCGCAGGAUGAAGGCUGCGCGACCGACCGUUUUAUCCAACCGCGAUUGCAUUAACAUUUACGACAAUCAGACCCACAAAGACAAGGAUGACGUUGAGACAAGUGAACUAUAUGAUGCUGUUCUGACUGGGGCUGUCAACCAGGAAAAAAAACUUCCCACAAAAGCUUCCCCUCCUGUUCAGGAGUCACCAGCUAAGCAAGAAAACAGUCAGCCAGGACCAAUAACUAAACAAGGAACAAGGUCUUUAAGGCAACUUUCUUUAUAUGUUGGCAAUUUUCCAUGGUGGACAUCUGAUACAGACAUUUUCUGCUUGGCCAAAAGCUUGGGUGUGAACACCAUAACAGAGAUUAAAUUUGCAGAGAACAAAGUUAAUGGCCAGUCACGAGGCUAUGCAGAAGUAGUGGUGUCUUCUGAAGACUCACUGAAAGUAUUGCUGGAGAAAAUCCCACAGUGUGAACUUCAUGGAGAGAGGUUGAAUUGUCGCUUUGCUACUCAGCAGAACCUCAGUGUGUUUGAGGAUGUAGCAAAUAAACGUUUGCCUCUUCGGGAUAAUUCAAAAGAUUCAAAGGACUCUAAUUCUACAACAGUGGAGGCCGCCCCACAAGUUCAGUCCUCGUUUCUUCCUCCACCUCCAUUUGUAAACAGGCCCCCUGUUGUACCCAGCCCUUUUUUUGGUCAGCCACCUCCCCCUUUCCCGCAUAUACCAAUACCACUAAACAUCCCUCCUCCUGUGCUUCCCCCAAUUAUUCCCUCCCCGCCUCUUAUCACUACCCAGCCAGCGCCUAGUCUGCAUAUAAAUCCAGCGUUCUUCACCCCAGCCCAGGACAGUCACAGCACUCGAACCUACAGUCAGCAGAAUAGUGAUGGAGAGUUUGGAGAGUUAAUGAACAGAAACAAAGCUAUUGCCAGCAGUGCUAUUACCAAGGCCGUGUCUGGAGCAACUGCUGGAGACCUACGGAUGGCUAUGGAGACACUUCUAACUGCCAUUGCUAUCAUUAAGCAGUCCAGAGUGUAUGGAGAUGAGCGAUGCCAAGCCCUUGUCACAUCACUCAAAGACUGCCUCAUUUCCAUCCAGGGCAACUAUGGGUACAGGAGUAGCAGUGGUUCGAGGGAGAGAGAAAGGGAGCGGGACAGGGGACGGGACAGAGAGCGAGACAGAGAGAGAGACAGAGAGCGAGACAGAGACCGCGAAAGAGAGGAUUCAUAUGGCCGAGAAGCUGCAGGAAUGUCUCGACGGCACCGAGAGCGUUCAUGGAGUUGGGAGAGGAACAGGGAGCGCACGGGGGAGCGAGACAGGCACAGAGAACACAGAGAUCGAUACCGCUAGAUUGACUUGGUCUCCUGUCAUGGGGAAGCAACCAGAAGACGGGAUUUCUGCACCAAUUUGUAUGUAAUAUGGAGGAAUCUGUGUUGAGAUUUAAGUGUAUUUCUAAAACGGUAACAUAUAAUUUUAAAUUUUUUUUUUUUUUCCUUUUACCAGUAGUCUGUGAGCACACGGAACGUUCAUCUGUUGAGAAAAGUUGAGAAAGUCUGUUGAGAUUUGUUGCUGGGACAACAGAUUUUAAAGCUUGCAUGCGUAGGACACCUUAAAACCUGUCAUACAGUGUAAUGUUUCAUCACUUUUCUUUUGUAUUAAAUCAACAUUCCCUGAAAA